UCUUGCAGCCUUAGAAUGCCCUGGGUCUUUUUCUGUGAUUGUUUGUUUCUUUUUCUUAGGGUCUGUCCAUCUUGUUCUUAUCUCUCUCCCAUUCUGUUCACCUUUGCAUCCACAGCACGUGAUACAGUUCUAGGCAUACAGUAGGCACUCAGUAAAUUUGGGGGGACUGGCUUGAUGUGGCAAAGGAGUGGUACAGACAUUAGGAGCUCAGAGGAGGGAAAGAGCAGAUAGGGAUUAGAAGAGCCAAAGAGAGAUUCUUGAGGAAGUGAUUUUUGGAAUACCCCUUUAGGGAAGGAAGAUGUUUGGAUGGGCAGAGAGGAUGGGAAAGGUGGUGCAGGGGGUUAUGGUGAAGUUAAGAUUUUCAGGCAGAGAGUAGAGCCCCAAAUGCAGAAGGGAGAGGGGCAGUGGGCAACAGGGAAAGAGCCCUCAGUUUAGAUCAGAGUUAGCGUUGAAUGUCCACUUCUCUUUUCAUUUAAAGAACUCUGGUGAUUUCCAUCUCCGUGAAUCAGAAAGAAUGUGACAGCGUACAAAGAAGAGAUUACCACUCUCACACCGAUGGCCUUUACCACCAGCUUUAGCAGAGUGUGGCACCACUCGGGAGCACCAUAGUCUUAAAGCCCAGGUCUGGCCACCCCAUUCUGAGUGCAGGCUAUACAGAUGGAUUUAAAUGAAGCUGAGAAUGGGAGUCAGAGAGGCUCCACAGAGAGGCUGAAAUUCAUUGCAACCACAGUCCAGGGCAGAAAUCAGGGUGCUGGUUGCCAGGUAGUUGCCCAGGGGAACUGACCUGAAACAGAGGUCAGAGAGCUUCUUAUGACUCUUCAUUGCUGAGAUUGCAACCAGUCCUGUUAGAAAAACCAAAGAUACAACUUCCUGAAAAUUUUUGUUAAUGCAAAAAUGGGUUUGUUUCUUUGGCAACAGAAGAGUCCACUGUGGGUAAGGUUUUCUCAGCACCUAAGCUGUCCUAAAUAACAACAACAAAAGCUGUCCUAGCACCUUGGACCCUGAGUACUCAAUAUGCAAAGACUUUGCAGUAGCCCUAGUUGGCCCAGCCCAACUCUGCCUGUGUUAACGUUUUUGCUCAGCCUGGCUUUUAUCUGCAUGAGAGGUGAAACAGUUCUAAGGUUGAGAGAGGCUAGACUGAAUCUCCAUUUUAGAGAGAUCACUUUGUUCAGGGGCAAAGCCAAGUGCAUUUAUCACAUUCAUAUAUCAGUCACAUCUCCUAUCAUUUUCUUUUCCUCUAAAUGGAGUCACCUUUCUAUUUUACUCAGUUAUUUUAGAUGGGAAGCCAUUGUGUGUCUACCACAUGAAGUCCCUCCUGCCUUAAGCCUAGUUUCUCCAGAAAGCAAAGCUAGUUACAAAGCCCUAGAUGACUGAGGAUGUGAGUCUGGUGGUAUAAGACAGGGCGAUUUGACACAGGGAAGAAAGAAAGGCCAAUACAAGUGUGCCUCACCAUGCUGGCCUCUGCUUCAGGCAACUGGUACUCCAUCUCACUGGGACCUUCUGGAAAGCCUCGUAAAAUGUCUCUCUCAAUUCCCCAUCUGGGUGAUGAAAAUGGAAAGCAGUUAUCCAUCAUCUUCCAGCCCCUUUGGAUCAAGAGUAGCCCCACUGGUUCUAAGUCCCUCAUAUUUCCAAGUUGCACAUGCUUGAGUGUAGACUUUCCCAGAGAAUCUGAUGUGAAGGCAACAGAGAGGCCUCAAGUGCCAGAAGCAAACAGAGAAAGGUAUGGGCCAGAUAAAGUGCUAUCAGGUUCCACGGGUGCAAAAGGGAUCCACUGGACCAGUGUGGGUUGGCUGCCUUCCCAUGAAAUGCUCUAGAACUCUUCACAGGAGUAGCAGGCUGGUUGGAAAUUGGCAGGGGAGGACUAAAAUCUUCCUCACCUCACCCUCUGGUUCCAUCACUGUGUUCACCUGAGGGUUACUGUACCAGGCUAGGGUGGCUGGGGUUACUCUCCCACUUGGCUAGUAGGAUACACUGUCCAGCCACUCUGUAGAGAUGGUGGGGGUAGGGGGCAGUGUAGGUAAGAGUGGUCUUGUAAGCUGGGCACUCCCCCAAAGUUUCCACUACCCAUGAGAUGGAUGGCCCACUCCUGCUAUGGCAUGACUGUAACUAGGGAGGGGUAAUUCUGGGUGCUAAAACAAAACUUGAAAAAGCACAGAAGCAGCCAGCCUUAUGGCUCAAAUACUGUCUACCUCCAAAGUUGAUGGGUCGGCCCCUCCCACUAUGGGGCACCUUUCUAACCUCUCCCCCAGGUGGCCCAGUGCAGUUUCCUCUCCCCCUUGACCCUGGGGCAGGUGAGGGAGAGUGGCUGUGCAGUCUGCGAUACCAUCUCAAGGGAACUGACAAAACAGGACAGCAGAGGGAUCUUCCUCAAAUUGCACAGAAAGAACACUAUGCUCUUCCCCUGGUUGGACUUAAACAUUUCUGAACAUCAGAGUUCUCUAUCAAGUAAAAGGAAGUUGGGAGGGGAAAUGCCACCUCUGUGAAAUAUCACCCAAAGAAAAACCGAGUGACUUGCCAUUAGUUUGAAGACGGCAAGAAAGGAACAUCUCAGAAGUGGAGCCUCAUACUUCGGUUUUUAAUACAAGAGGAAUUGUUCUUUGGCAAGUUGUGAAGAUAAAUCCUGUCUUUUAAUUUUAGGAGUCUGGAUACCCAGGUACUCCAACCAGCAUCUCUUCAGUGUGUUUUGCAAACAUCACAGGCGAACCCUCUGUGCGGGGGGAAAACUGAAUUGUCUCCAGCCCUGCCUGGUGUAAACUGUGAGGUGCCAGCUCUCACGUGGCUUGAAACCGUUUGCUUUUGUUUUCCAUCCUCACCAGCAGAAGCCAUGGGUCACACAAUGAAGUGGGGAACACUACCACCCAAGCACCCAUACCUCUGGCUCUCUCAGCUCUUGGUGCUCGCUGGUCUUUUUCACUUCUGUUCAGGCAUCACCCCAAAGAGUGUGACCAAAAGAGUGAAAGAAACAGUAAUGCUAUCCUGUGAUUACAACACAUCCACUGAAGAACUGACAAGCCUUCGGAUCUAUUGGCAAAAGGAUAGUAAAAUGGUGCUGGCCAUCCUGCUUGGAAAAGUGCAGGUGUGGCCUGAAUACGAGAACCGCACCAUCACUGACAUGAACGAUAACCCCCGCAUUGUGAUCCUGGCUCUGCGCCUGUCAGACAGUGGCACCUACACCUGUGUUAUUCAGAAGCCUGAUCUGAAAGGGACUUAUAAACUGGAGCACCUGACUUCGGUGAGGUUAAUGAUCAGAGCUGACUUCCCUGUCCCUACCAUAAAUGAUCUUGGAAAUCCAUCUCCUAAUAUCAGAAGGGUAAUUUGCUCAACCUCUGGAGGUUUUCCGAGGCCUCACCUCUACUGGUUGGAAAAUGGAGAAGAAUUAAAUGCUACCAACACAACACUGUCCCAAGAUCCUGAAACCAAGCUCUACAUGAUUAGCAGUGAACUGGAUUUCAACAUGACAAGCAAUCACAGCUUCUUGUGUCUUGUCAAGUAUGGAGACUUAACAGUGUCACAGACCUUCUAUUGGCAAGAAUCCAAACCAACCCCUUCUGCUAAUCAGCACCUGGCCUGGACCAUUAUUAUCCCAGUCUCAGCAUUUGGGAUUUCUGUGAUCAUUGCAGUUAUACUAACAUGGCUGACCUGCAAUCCUACCUCCGAGAUUGGCCUCUUCCUGGUGCUUCCGCGAACGGCCAGGAUUAUCCCACCUCGACCUUCCUGUAUCUGUUCUCUAGGAGCCCCUUCACUCCAGUGGCUUUACUGAAAGUGACUAGAGGAGUAUGAUGGGGACAGAAGUAGUUCUGGUGACCUUGCUCAAGGAUUUGGAAACAUGGAAUUCUUCAGGCCUGGAAGAGACAUUAGUGAAAACCACCUACUAAUGACAAGGAUCUCGAAGUCCUGCGUGGUGACCUGAAUUAUAAAGGUCAGGGCCAGAACCCAGAUUUGGUGCUCUGGCUCUGGUGUUAUUUUCCUUCACGAAUCAGGCUCUAUGCUACUGACUGGUUUGUGUGUAUAUACACACUAUCCGUCAAAGUGCUUCUGGAAACAGAAUUUAUUAUCAGUUAGGUCCAUCUCGAGAGACUUAGUGUGAUGAAGGAAUGGAGGAUGUCAUGCUGUCAAAAGUAACCUAAUGUUAAUGUAUGGGAAGUCUGUUGUAAGUACACCUAGAAGACAGUGGAAAUAUUACUGGUAUUUAGCCAGGACUUUAUUCUUACUGUGUUCUCCUUUUUGGCUUUCCCACGUCUCAACCAGGUUCAGGAGAAAGUAGAUCCAUCUAAAACUGAAUUCCUCUGACAUGGAGGAUGAAUCACUUAUACAGUAAGUCCCUUACAUACGAACUCCCAAGUUAUGAACUGUUAACUAAAAAUAAAUUUUAAUUCUUUUAAAAUUCUUUGAAGUAACAAAAUAGGUAUUGUGCCAAUUUUUAAUUCAAAAGUGAACUUAUGAGCUGUUUCACUUGUAGUUUGUAGUUUCUAGAACAAGUUAUUGGUUAGAUCAUAAAUUUUAAGUAGAAAAAAGUGUGUUUUGCACACUUACACAACUUUCUCUAAAUCUUUUCUUAGGGAAAUUUGCAUUUUUCUCCUUAACAGUUUAUUGAUAGCCUUGGUCUUAACCACAAAGAUUGGCACUGUGUAUUAAGUAUAUUGUUAUGCCCUUGUUCUCUAAUACAAUAUUUACUUUGUAUGUAAAAGUAAAUAUUGUAUUGUAUACAAAA